AAAAUGUAUUUCAUCGUUUACAGUGGGCAGGGGUUAAAUACAGUGGAUUUAUUACGUUUUCAUCGACACUGUUGUGUGGUUUGCCUUCAAAUGAUCAGUAUUGCUCAUCAAAAAUUACACGGACUUUGCGAAGUAAACAGAAGCAGUGCAAGGGAUCAAGUCGAUUCGAAAAGGCGACUGACAGAAACUGUAGCUAGUAAGCUAACGUUAGCGUAUCUCGGUCAACGUAAAUCUGUCAAAAGGGAUGCCGCUGCAAUCCAAGUCAGACGGAUUCAGGGGUUCUUUGGAUUUGAUGUCGUCUAAUUUAAUCGGCAUAAGAAGUUUUUCGAUAAAAGCUUGAACGAUAAAUCAAUCUCGUACGAAUAUCUUUUUAAAUUGCUGAAGUUUAGGAACUAACUGCUCUGACACAGUCCGUGCUUGCUAGCUAACUUGCAUAACAACAACAAAUCUGUUGCUCGUCCUCGCCCGCUAAGAGAAACAUAAGUGAAAUUGGUAAAGACAUUUCAGUUUCACAAAGAGCAUCGACGUUAUCUUUGGCAGCAAUGAAACUGUUAGAAAACAGCAGUUUUGAAGCUCUGAGCUCUCAACUCUGUGUUGAAACGGGAGAGUCUCGCAUCCUUGGAAGGAUCGAGAGCUACUCCUGCAAGAUGGCUGGUGAUGACAAGCACAUGUUUAAGCAGUUCUGCCAGGAAGGGGAACCACAUGUCCUAGAGGCCCUCUCGCCCCCCCAGUCCAGCGCCACGAGCCCACCCCAACUAGGGAAGAGCAGUGAGGAUGGUGAGAACCCUCUGAGUGACAAGUGUUGCAGGAAGACAUUGUUCUACCUCAUCACCACGCUCAACGAGUCAUUCAGGCCCGACUACGACUUCAGUGCAGCUCGGGGCCACGAGUUCAGCCGGGAGCCCAGCCUCAACUGUGUGACGAAUGCAGUCAACGGCAGCCUGUACUCAUCAGUUGGAGUGGAGUUCAACUCCCUGGGGCCAGAGCUGUGGAACUUCAUCGACCAGGAAAUUAGCCUGCAGGAAUGUGACAUAUACAGCUACAAUCCUGACCUGGACUCAGACCCCUUUGGGGAGGAAGGCAGCCUCUGGUCCUUCAACUACUUCUUCUACAACAAGAGGCUGAAGAGGAUUGUAUUCUUCACCUGGCGCUCCGUCAGUGUCCUGAGUGGGUACGGCCGUGGUUGUCUUGACAAAGGGUUGGACAUGGAGCUGAAUGAUGAUGAUGAUGAGGAGGAGAUAGAGGGAUUCACCGAGGACAGGUUCCCCAAAGCUCUCUGUGUCUAACGCUCUCCCGAUGGAAGACAAGCCCAUGUAGGCCGAUACAUCCUCCCCAUUUUGUUUUGUCUUCAUCUUCCCCUCUGUCUCAAUGUUUUGUAGAGCCUGACCCAAAGAGCCAUUUGCGCAUUUAGAGGAAGGAUAUCCCCGACAAGUGCAUGUUUCACAUCAGCUGGAUCCAAACCAUACCGUGAAGGACAUUUUUGAAAUGCCCAUGGUUUCUUCUCUCCCUUUUACUGUGAUUUUUAUCAUCCAUCAUGGUCCCUGACUUAAGAAUUGAACCUAUGCCUGGUUUAUGGUCUAGAGAGACCAUGGACCGCUAACCCUGACAAGCACAUUUUCUUUUAUUGAAGAUCCCAGCAAUCACUAAAUGGAGAUGAUUAAGUCCACAGUUCAACGCCAUCAUUAAAGGGGGGAGGCUAAUUACAUCACUGUGUAGGUCCAAUCUCACGCUGCCACACUGGUUAAAGGGUGGUACAACGAGAGCCAAUCCGAUUGUCUAUCCAGCUGAUUUCCAUUUGUGACUGCUUCCUCCGAGGUGUGGCUUUUAUGUUCGACAGUGACGUUACUGUGAGAACUGAACUUUCAUAGCACUGUGUUUUGAAACAUGCAGCAUUUGUAAUGGAACCUCGUAAUAUGUUAUGUUGAAUCCACUGUAAAAAUAAUCUAAUCCAAUUUUAUUUGUAAAAAAUGAUUGAAUAUCUACUGCACACGACCUUCUGUGGAUGUGAAAUUGAGAUGGCACUGCCAAAGAGCAAUACAACAUAUCACUUUCAUAAGACUCACGUCUAUCAAUAACCAUAUUCACUCUGCAUAAUGUUCCCUUAGAUUACCUCAAUCAUGUCGUAAAACCUGUACCCAUAUUCCACUGCUACAAUCGAACGCAUCCAUUUAUUUCAUGCUCUUUUAAACUUGAAAGGCUUUGGUUUGAAGAGCUACUGAAUGCGGGCAGCAAAGUCAGUGAUAUUUCCAGUAAUUGUUCAUGUUCUACAGUAUUUUUAGGUUAAAAUACCCUUUUAUCUAUGACCUGUUUUGAUUAAACUGAAUAAAGUUGUUUGAACCAAAA